AAGUAUUUUCAUGACUGUGUUUAGCAUGAAUCAUCGUUAGUCUGCUGUUGCAUCGCAGCUGAUCACGUUUCGUCGCAUUCAUUCUGCGCGUAAACAAUCCUGAAUACACUUUAAAUAAUUAUUUAAACAAACUACGUAAAUACUCAGUCUAUAAUUUCUAUUAAAAAAACCAAGUGGUCUAUGUGAUAGAGGAGAAACAAAGACGUCAUUAGAAAGUUCUAUUGUUGCAUUCCAAUCAGAGCAACACAAAUUACUCAGCACACCAAAUAAGAGUCAGCAAUCAAAAUGGUGCUGCAAAUAACUCAGGAUGCAUUCGAUAAUACUGUAAAAGAAAACAUGCAAGAAUUUGAUUUGUCGCUGACUGAUGCAAUAAAAGACACCAUCAAGGAAUAUGAGGCACAGGGUGUGGAUUUAAGUCAUAUUAUUGUGGACUUGAUGGCUGUGAACAUUGACUGUGAGAAGCUGCAUGAAGCUGUUAAUGCCUUGAAGUCUUAUACUGCAGGUAGCAGUGUAGACAUCCAGGCAAUUAAACCUGUGCUCACCUGCAUUCAGACUGAGUGCAAAAGAGGGCUUACUUAUCAAGUGUUGGCAGGUAAGGAUGGCACAUACAAGAUCAUCUUAGAUGUAUUGGAGAAGACUGGUGUUCCUGAUGAAAGUAUACUAGAGUGCUUGAAGACAUUGAUUGCACUCAUGACAAAACAACCAGAUCUCUUGGAUGAGCAAGGUUUGAAGUAUAUUAUUAAGACUUUGGAUGAAACAAAAAAUCAGGAGAUUAUUACAAGUCUUCUGAAGUGGGUGAAAGAGUGUUGUGUAUUGCAUGAAUACAAUAGACAACAUAUUUUUGAUGCUGGUAUUUUGGAACAUCUAAAACCUCUCUUAAACGACGCAGGAUCUGAUCUUUUAUGCGCUGUUUUGGGCGUUUUGAGAGCUUUGGUGCUGGAUGACGAUAUUCGCGUAGAAUUUGGGAGGUCUCACGAGCAUGCGAGAGCAAUUGCUAGUGACACAUUGGCCUCAAUCACGAAUCUUCUCGAAAAGUUUAAGAAUGAUGCAGCUGUCAUGAACGAACUUCUGUUGACUCUUUCCGCGUUGUUGGUGCGCACUGAAUUUUGCAAAAAGGUGGAUGACGCCGGCGCAUUGACAAUCAUCCAGAAAGCUUUGCAAGAAUUUAGUAAUAACGAUAAAUUAGUGAGACAAUGUUUCAAAGUACUGAAAGCUCUCGCUGGAAACGACGAGUGUAAAACAAAGAUUAUCAAAAUGGGCGCCGCACCCGUCCUUGUUUCGACAUUGAACCAGAACAAACAAUCUGCAGCUACCGCCUCUCUUGGGUUAGCAUGCAUUGCAUCUUUAACUCUACGCAGCACUGAAAACUCGGAAGCAUUAUACAUCGCCGGUGCACCUUUGGUUAUAAUCGAAACCAUGAAGAUACACCCUGAGAGUGAAUCUGUGCAGAAAAAUGCGAGCUGGGCUAUUCGGAACAUGGUCUCGCGCAGCCGGCAACAGAACAAGGAAUUUCUCAGGUUGGAUGCUGAGGCAUUACUAAAAACGGCUUUACUUAAGUAUAAAAACUGUGAGUAUGAUAUUAAGGCUGCCCUUAGGGACCUCGAGUGUGACGUUGAGCUGAAGGAGGAAUGGACUGGUAAGGGCGGUAAAUUGCAAACUGACGCGACUAAAGCAAAAUAAAAAAAAAUGGUUUGUUCCUCGACAUACUCCUGAGCAAUUUCCUAUACAACCACCCCGCACCCAUGCCCAAGUCUAUUACGAACCUGGUUAAUUUAGCUUUAAUUAAUGCAAGUUGCAAGCUGAAAUUUUCACUUUUAUAUUGAUAAAAAUAAAGUAAACUAUGUAGUUGUA